GGAGUAUGAUGUUGCCGUACUGCCGUUUUUGAGCAUGUUAUGGCUGUUGAUUUGGGCUAGGUAGCCAACAGCUCGUGUCGAUGGCGCACAGAAGAUGAUUAGAAGAACACUCAAACACGCUGUGUCCAAGAAAAAACGGCGGUUCCUUGACCUUGACAAUGGAUUCGACUUGGACCUCACCUACAUUACGCCGCAGAUUAUCGCAAUGGGCUUUCCGGCGGAGAAAAUCGAAGGCCUUUACAGGAACCACAUGGAUGAAGUAGUUCGGUUCUUCGAAGCGAAGCAUGCUGACCACUACAAAGUCUAUAACUUGUGUUCCGAGAGAACGUACGAUGCCGGCAAGUUCCAUGGAAGAGUUGCUAUGUACCAAUUUGAGGACCAUAACGCACCGCCGUUUGAGUUGAUUGAGCCAUUCUGCAAGGAUGUGCACGAUUUCCUGAGCCGGUCGGACGAGAAUGUAGCCGUAAUCCAUUGCAAGGCUGGCAAAGGUCGGACAGGAGUGAUGAUUUGUGCGUACCUGCUGCAUGCUAACAUGUUCUCGACCAUCCGCGAGUCUCUUGAGUUCUAUGGUGAAACGCGUACCCAGAAUGCAAAGGGAGUGACCAUUCCUAGCCAACGGCGGUAUGUGUACUACUAUGGUUUCCUUCUCAAGAAUAGUCUGGUCUACUCACGGACCACUCUACUGUUGAAGUCGAUUAUUAUUGACGGCAUUCCUCAGUAUAGCAAUGGCUGCCCAAUGUGCUUUACGGUGAAGCAAUUGAAGGUCAAGAUAGCUGUGUCAAAAGUCUAUGACGCGGAGCGACAUAGGCGAGGCGACUGUGUGGACAUGCCAUUAGAGCCUCCAGUACCGGUCUGCGGCGAUAUCAAGAUAGAAUUUUUCCAUUGUCUUAGAUUCAAGAAGGAGAAAAUGUUCCACUUCUGGCUAAAUACGUUCUUCGUGAACCAUGAUUGCUUAGUCGACGACUGGGAUAUGCCUGGAGGUGCGAGUGGACAAGAUGACUCCACUAGCACAUCCAGUGGUAGUGGCGUUCAGUCAUCUGAAAGCAAGAGUAGUGUGGGAGGUGGUAUCAGCCCAACUGAUAGCAAGCAGAGUGUAUCGAGCUCGAAUACAGCGUCAUCUGCUGGAGAGCCUGCAGCAGCGGCGGCGGCAGCAAUGCGACCACUUGUUGCACCUGCCCCCAGCGGUCACAGUCGGUUUGGGCGUCGGCGUGGUGGAGCGGGCAAGUCUGCGGUGAGCGUCCAUAGUGAGCUUGGUACAAGUAGCUCUGCAACACAUUUACCGUACUACGGUCAGCCCGGCACGCAUAUUGUAUGCAUUCAGCAAGGUAACCUGGACAAGGCUAACAAGGACAAGCGUCAUUAUCCUAACGGGUUCAAGGUCCAUGUUGUGUUCUCCGUCGUGGGUAGCCGGCAGAAUUCGGAUAGCGACAAUGGAGGGUACGAUGUGGACUCCGGCGCGUCUGAUGACGACAACUACAACUACUCCGACACAGAUCCUGAAGAUUUUGAGGAUUGGAAGAAGACCGAUCCAGUCACCAAACAACAGCACGCGCAUCAUCAUCAAGCAUCAGCAUGACACAUUCACCUCACAGCGCUCUCUCUCUCUCUAUCUCUCUCUCUCUCUCUCCGUCCUUCGCUUGCCGUCAUAUUUUCGGCAUCAUGUAUGCUCCAUCAAGCCCGGCUAUUCUCUGCUUACACCAAAAAUACAUACAGACACAAUUACAGUGGACUCCUGCACGUGUCCCAUUCAUAUUAUAUUUCCCUUGCUUUCAGAAAUGGUCUCAGUUGAACUGAAUUGCUGCACAGAGUUUGUGCCCGGGACCGAUUUCUCAUUCAUAGUCAUGUUUUUUUAGUUCAUAAUAUUGAACUGUAGCAUUUCAUUCACUCCCCUCCAGCGUGACAUUGUCUUUAUGUGUUUGAAGCGAAUUGAUUUGCCUUUCAUAUAAUAAAAUAUCUCAUAUCUUUUUCAUAUAAUUCAUUUGUUUGUUCGUUCGUUGCCUGAGUAUUGAAUGUUGGUUAUUUGAGGUGUCGUCUGAAAACAAAUGAGACUGCCAUCUGUCGUAGCUCUGUUUAAGAAAGCAAUCCAUUUUUAGAAUUGUUUUAUAACUGUGCUCUUCUCUCCUCUCCUCGCUGUGGUGUACUUGACACACACACUGGAUCCCUGUACCAUCCUAUUGUCUGUUUGUUAGUGUCCUGUGUGACUGUCUAUGUUCUACUGCUACUACUACUCCAACUACUAUUGUUUAUUUCGUUUACCGAGAGACAAAAACUUCAACCUUG